AUGACCGAAACCUCUUCGAACAACUUCGUUCCUGGAGAACCGCCGAAUGCAGUUUUGACCGACUCCCGCCCGAUAUCCGCUCGUCGCGACGAUCGGGAGGCGUUGGAGCUUCACCAAAUCCAAACGCACGAAGACAAUCAACUGGACUACUCUGACCCCUCGGCUUCAUCUGGAGAUGAGUAUCGGGUGACGACCUCACGUCGUACGACUUCUCGCGUCAGCGCUCAUGGAGGUGAAGCUGGCAAGAGUCUGUGGAGUCAGAUCAAGCGGUUCUGGGGCCGGCAUGUUAUUUUGACCGUUGCCCAAAAGAGCAAUCGUGAUCAUUUUGCUCUGGAACGAACCUUUCUGGCCUAUAUUCGUACAUCCACUGUUAUUGCGAUGCAGGGUGUGCUUAUCGCUCAACUGUUCCGCCUGCAACGGCCCAACACUGAAGUUCAUCGCUUAUCAUUCCACUCGGUUGGCAUUCCACUCUCGGUCGCUUGCCACUUUGUUGCUGUGUUGGUUGCCUUGAUCGGCGCUUUUCGAUUUUGGAGACAACAAAAUGCUAUUUCCCGGGGUAAAGUGCAUGCAGGUGGGUGGGAGAUGAAUUCGGUAGGAAUCUUUCUUUUCAUAAUUAUUCUUACGACAUUAGUCUUAUCUGUCAUUAUUCUGAUCCAGAUUGACAUGCAAUCUACGGCUUGGUUCAAUCGAAUAUUGCGAUUCUAA